AAUAGAAAAAAUCGCUUUAAGAGAAAAAUUUGUGCCCGACGCGGCAUAAAUUUUCCAUAAAUCGGCAAUUUUUUCUUUAAUAAACUAUAAAUUGAGAAAAUUGCCUUUGACGGCGGAGAAAGGCCAUUGGGAAAGGAUGAACUUUAAAUUAGUGGUGGCCAUUUGCUGUUUUUCGCUGGCCCGAGCCAGAAAAAUCGACGCGUGGCCGGAGGGAGAAUACGUGGACGACGACGUAGACGCCGUGGUAGAGGACGACCGCGACAAAUUCCAAAUCACAGAUAAGGACGGAGGACCUUUAGACAAAAUAAGAGCCACCGGCUUUUUGCUGAACGAAAUGAAAUUUAAUAAUAUGAAAAUAUUCGUUAUCGCCGUUCGUUCUCCGCCCAAAGGUUUAGUUCGGACCGAAACGAAUGCUGUAACCGAUUGUUUGAGGCGGAGAGAAGAAGCUCUGAAAAACCCUUUUCCGCGACUAAUUCCGGAAUGCGACGCCGACGGAAAUUACAACCAACGCCAAUGUCUGUACGGCGAUAAGGAACGGUGUCAAUGUUGGAGCCGGGACGGAAGACCUCUGUCCCAUUCCUUCGCUAACGUAGUGGAUUGCAAAUGCCACACAGAGAGAGAUAAGGCCAGGCAAAAAGGACUAAUAGGGACCUUCGCGCCGCAGUGUAACGAAGACGGAACGUACAAACCCAAACAAUGUUGGGCCAGCCCCGGUCUAUGUUGGUGCGUAGCUGCCGACGGACGUCAAAUUUCUCCACCUACUAGAGAAGAUGUUCGUUGCUCUUAUUUGUAGCGCCUAAUACGCAAUA